CCAAUUAGCAUCCCACGUUUCGCCUUUGAUUGUGGCAUGGCACGAUGGGCCUCCGCCUCUUGAUCGCGGCAUCGCUUAGAAAACGAAACAACGCCUCGCCUCCCUGACUCUUUCUCCGUUCGCAUCUGGCGCACUGCCGCGAUGUCAUCGCUAAGUCCUGAUGCCGUGUCGCCGUCGCUACCUAGAACUGAGAAACUGGUGCUGGCUGUGACCCAUCAUUGGCCGGCCUGCCUGCCGGAGUCCUUGUCGGCUGCAACGCCUGACGGCCUGAUCGUCUACUCUAAUCAGCAAUCAGAUACAUCCUGUAUUUUAAUUUUGAAGACAUGUCUUCAACAAAUUGGAAUAGGAAAUAUACUAUGCACAUGUAUAUUAUUUUAGACCAUUUUACAUUGCUAUGAAAUGUAUUAUAGAGUAUAAAUUAUUGUUGUAUUAUAUCAUCAAUUAAGUUUUUAUUCUUCUUUACUACUGCACGACUUUGCACUGGGGCCUCAAAUUUAAUAGGAUAGCCCUGGUUCUGGAGAAGAGUAGACGGUGCGGUGGAGAGAAGGAGGAAGAGAAAAAAGUUAUGGUCUAUACCUGUAAUUUGGAGGGAUGUCGUCCUCGUUUCUGUAGUAGUUGUAGAAGUGAGCAUGCUUAAAAACCAGAAAAAAGAACGCAGCAAUGCUAUCAUUCGCCUGUUGCACUCGCAAUCGAACGUUCCAAAAAGAAAAAAAAAAUCCUGAUUGCGACGGGGAGUUUAGUAGUAGGUGAGACGCAUGUUGCACUGCCUUGGCGGCCCAGUCUCAAGUAGUGGAGUUGUAACAUUUGGCCCAGUCUCGGCUAGGCCCAUGCUGUCCUCCGGCCGACGAAAGCAACCCCACUGGGAUAGGGUUUCCUUUCAUCACGUCUUUGAUACGUAAAUCCGAAUCCAGUCGAGGGAAGAAGAUGGUGACGCCGGACAAGAAGAGGAGGAAGAAACUCGCGGAGCCGGAGCCGACGCCGACGCCGGCGCCGGAGCCGGUACCUCGUCUCCUCCGCGUUCGUCCAGGGAACAAGAAGAAGAACAAGGGGGCCUCACCUGAGAAGCAGCCGCCGGUGUACAUGGUGUUGGCGCACGGAGUCGAGGAAGAGCCCACCACCCACUCCGUAAUCGAGGUCGCCGCCUGCGCCGCCGCCCGCCGCCUGCUUAACACCGGCAGCGGCCGCGGCCGCGGCCGCGGCAUGUCGUUCGCCGCGGUGGGGACACGCACCGUGGGCGUCGGCGUGGAGUUGACCACCGUCUACGACCCCGAGACAUCCACGGAGCGCGGCGGCCCGCGACUCAUCUUCCCCAAGGUGAACCCCGUCCUCAUCUCGAUCUCUGACGACGGCGGCGGUGUAGUCGGCGGCGGCACGCUCUACGCUCUCUCCCGCACCCCGGCCGUCGUGAGGCCGCUGGAUUUCGAGCCAUGGUUCUUCGUCCUCGACGACCUCAGCCACACCGUGUGGCGCGAACUCCCAUCGCCGCCGCUCUUCCCGUGCCGCCUCAACCCGCUGGAGUUCCUCGACCCGCCCAAGUUGCGCGUCGCGGCGUACGCCCUCGUCGGCUCCCACAUCCUCCUGUCGGUCUCGGUGCAGCAGCUGCAGCCGCAGCAGCAGCAAGAAGACAAGGGCACCUGCGCCUUCGACAUGGACACCGAGCAGUGGGAGAUGGUGCACGACAGCAACCUGCCUUUCGACGGCCAGGCCUUGCCUCUCGGCAGCGACGACGACCACCGCUUCGUCGCCGUCGCCUCCGCCGCCGCCGACGUUACGGUGUACCGCAUGGUGGUCGGGAUCUCGGCCGUCACGGGGAAGAAGGAGCUGACCAUCGUUGCGUUGCGGGUGGUGGUGGCAUCCAACUCCAAGUGCCGCAUUGUUCCGGGCAACCUUCUGUGCGCCAUGGGGAAGGGGAGCUUCGCUUCUUUCGAGUUCCGGUCCAUUGCUGCUGCUUCCAUGGGAAAGGUGGGCAGAGCACGUAUUGUUCAUCGCACUUACUCUCUGGUGGAUGAUGGUGAGGACGAUUGGGUCGUCAUGGUGAAGAAGCAGGAUCGGCAGGUUUACAAGCUACGUGAUCCAUCCUUCUUGGGCGGUUGCUCUUUUUUCCAUGUAAAAAUUUCAGAGCCUUUCUUUGCUUCUUCCAACAUCUUCUGAUUCGUUGUCAGCGUCUAUUAUAUCGCUGCUAAGGCCUUGUUUAGUUGGGAAAAAAUUUUGGGUUUGGUUGUCACAUCAGAUAUACCGACACACAUUUAAGUAUUAAACGUAGUCUAAUAACAAAACAAAUUACAGAUUUCGCAGAGAUGAAUUUAUUAAGCCUAAUUAAUCCGUCAUUAGCAAAUAUUUACUGUAACACCAUUGUCAAAUCAUGGUGCAAUUAGGCUUAAAAGAUUCGUCUAGCAAUUUACACGCAAUCUGUGUAAUUGUUUCUUUUCCAUA